CAUGGCCGUUGCGGAGGAGUAACAGCUCCGGCUAAUUGGCGGUGGUUUGGUUCCGUGUCUCGUCCUCUCCGAGAACGAGCGAAGGCUCUGGCUGAGGCAGUUACUCUCCCUUCAUGAGGGAGAGCGGAGGGGGCCGGCUGGGCCCUCUCCCACCCUGCCGCCCGCUUGAGGGAUGAAGGCGGCCCAGGGGGGCGCCGAGGAAUCGGAAAAAAUAAAUAAGAUGAGUUCUCUUCUGGAAAGGCUUCAUGUCAAGUUCAAUCCUAACAGCAGACCUUGGACAGAAACCAUUAAGCUUGUUCGGCAAGUUAUGGAAAAACGAGUUGUAAUGAACUCUGAAGGUCAUCCGAAUCUUGUCAGCUGCUUGGAAACUUUGCAGAAGGCCUUAAAAGUAACAUCUCUGCCUGCCAUGACAGAUCGCUUGGAGUCCAUUGCUAGACAAAAUGGCCUUGGAUCUCACCUUAGUGGAAAUGGCACUGAAUGUUACAUAACGUCAGACAUGUUCUAUGUGGAAGUCCAGUUGGAUCCUAUGGGACAGCUGUGUGAUGUCAAGGUGGCACAUCAUGGAGAAAACCCUGUGAGUUGCCCAGAGCUGGUGCAGCAUCUAAGAGAGAGAAACUUCAAUGAAUUUUCUAAGCACCUCAAGGGUCUUGUGAAUCUAUAUAAACUGCCUGGGGACAACAAAUUGAAAACUAAAAUGUAUUUGGCUCUUCAAUCAUUGGAACUUGAUCUUUCAAAGAUGGCAGGGAUGUACUGGCAAGCCACCAAUGCAAGCCCUUUGGACAAGAUUCUGCAUGGCAGUGUGGGCCAUCUCACUCCAAGGAGUGGAGGUCACCUGAUGAAUUUGAAGUAUUACGUUUCACCCUAUGAUUUGAUUGAAGAUGGUACUGGAGCUCCCAUCAUUCUGAAUGAGAACAGUGUUCCUCGUUCCUUGGGUAUGAAUGUAUGUGUUACAAUUGAAGGAACCUUGACUAUGAACAAACUUCCGAUUGCCCCCCUGAUUAUGGGAUCUCAUCCUGUGGACAACAAAGGGACUCCCUCCUUCUCGUCAAUUACCAGUGCCAAUAGUGUUGAUUUGCCAGCUUGCUUUUUCUUAAAGUUUCCAAGGCCUAUUCCAGUAUCUCGGGCUUUCAUUCAGAAACUUCAGAACUGCACAGGCAUCCCAUUGUUUGACACCCCUCCAACAUAUGUCCCCUUAUAUGAGCUCAUCGUGCAGUUUGAACUCUCCAAGGAGGAGGCCCCUGGACCAUUGAACCACAAUAUGCGCUUCUAUGCUGCUUUGCCAGGACAACAACACUGCUACUUCCUCAACAAAGAUGCCCCCUUGCCAGAUGGACGAAGCCUUCAGGGGACUCUACUUAGCAAAAUUGCUUUCCACUAUCCUAGUCGAGUGCCUCUCAUCCUCAAUAUGAUUCGGCAUCAGGUGGCCUACAAUACGCUGAUAGGCAGCUGUGUCAAGCGAACAAUCUUAAAAGAAGAUUCCCCUGGCAUCCUGCAGUUUGAAGUCUGUCCCUUGUCUGACUCCUGUUUCAGCGUGUCCUUUCAGCAUCCUGUAAAUGACUCCUUGGUUUGUGUGGUGAUGGAUGUACAAGAUUCUACCCACGUGAAUUGCAAAUUGUAUAAAGGGCUCUCUGAUGCACUCAUCUGCACAGAUGACUUCAUUGCUAAAGUUGUUCAAAGAUGCAUGUCUAUUCCUGUGACCAUGAGAGCCAUCCGGAGAAAGGCCGAGACAAUCCAAGCAGACACACCAGCUUUGUCCCUCAUUGCUGAGACAGUUGAAGACAUGGUGAAGAAGAAUCUGCCGCCUGCUAGCAGCCCAGGUUAUGGAAUGACCACUGGCAACAACCCAAUGAGUGGCACCACCACCCCAACGAGCACUUUUCCUGGGGGCCCCAUUUCCACCUUGUUCACCAUGGGCAUAAAAGAACGGCAUGAUUCAGUGGGCCAUGGGGAGGACUUCAGCAAAGUGUCUCAGAACCCCAUUCUUACGAGCUUGCUACAAAUCACGGGCAAUGUGGGGUCCACCAUUGGCUCCAGUCCCACUCCUCCACACCAUACACCUCCCCCUGUGUCAUCUCCCGCAAGCAACACCAAGAACCACCCCAUGCUCAUGAACCUGUUGAAGGACAAUCCAGCUCAAGAUUUCUCAACUCUCUAUGGGAGUAGCCCACUUGAAAGGCAAAACUCAUCUUCUGGCUCCCCAAGAAUGGAGAUGGGGCCAGGGAGCAACAAGCAAAAGAAGAAGAAAUCUCGUGUCCUAGUGGACAAACCAAAGCAUCAGACUGAAGAUGACUUCCAAAGAGAGCUGUUCUCCAUGGAUGUUGAUUCCCAGAACCCCAUCUUCGAUGUCAAUAUGACUGCUGACACUUUAGAUACUCCCCAUAUUACUCCAGCACCCAGUCAGUGCAGCACUCCACCAACAACCUAUCCACAGUCUAUGCCUCAUGCCCAGGCGAGUAUUCAGAGGAUGGUCCGUCUCUCCAGUUCAGACAGCAUUGGUGCUGAUGUCACAGACAUUCUUUCUGAUAUAGCAGAGGAAGCAUCCAAGCUGCCAAGUUCAAAUGAAGAUUGCCCUCCUAUUGGAACACCAGUAAGAGACUCAUCUAGUUCAGGGCAUUCCCAAAGCGCUCUGUUUGAUCCUGAUGUCUUUCAGUCAAACAACAGUGAAAACCCUUACACUGAUCCAGCUGACCUGAUUGCUGAUGCCACUGUGAGCCCAAACAGCGAUUCUUCAAAUCAGUUUUUCCCUGAUGGAGUUGAUUUCAACCCUGACCUUCUGAACAGCCAGAGCCAAAGCGGUUUUGGAGAAGAGUAUUUUGAUGAUAGCAGCCAGAGCGGAGACGCGGAUGACUUCAAGGGCUUUGCACCGCAAACGAUAAGUACUUUGGGCGUGCAAGUUCUGGGGGGAGAUGGAGGGGAGGGUAAGUUCAAAACAAGUAGUCAAACGGACACAGUUGACUUUAGUAUUAUCACUGCUGCCAGCAAGGCUUUGGGAGCCUCUGAUGUCAUGGAGCAUCAUAGUGGAAGCCAGAGUCCCUUACUGAGUACAGGAGAUUUGGGGAAGGAAAAGUCACAGAAGCGAGUUAAAGAGGGUAAUGGUUCUGGGAGUUCUUUAACAGGUCCUGGGCUGGACGGCAAGGGUGGAAAACGCAGCCGCACCCCAUCCAGUGAUGGGAAGAGUAAAGAAAAGGUCCAGAAGCGGAGGAAGGUGGAGCCAGAAGGCAAAUCUCCCUCUCAUAGUUCAUCCACCAGGCCUUUCACCCCACCAGCAAGCACAGGUGGCUCGAAAUCUCCUGGAAGUUCAGGCAGGUCUCAAACACCCCCUGGGGUAGCCACUCCUCCCAUCCCCAAAAUCACCAUCCAGAUUCCCAAGGGAACAGUGACUGUUGGCAAACCAUCCCAUGGGCAGUACACAAGCAGUGGCUCAGUCUCCUCUUUGAGCAGCAAAGGUCAUCACAGUCAUUCCUCCUCCUCCUCUUCGUCGUCGUCGUCAUCAUCCUCGUCUUCUUCAUCUUCCUCAUCGACCUCGGGCAAAAUAAAGAGCAGCAAGUCGGAUGGGUCUUCUGGUUCCAAGAUGAGCAGCAGCCUCUACUCGGGCCAAGGCGGCUCUGGAUCAGGUCAGUCCAAAAGCUCCAUCCAAUCAGUGGGCAAGCCUGGGUCCUCCCCCAUCACAAAACACGGCCUCAGCAGCGGCUCUGGAGGUACCAAGAUCAAACCUCAAGGGAAGCCUUCAUCGCUUAUGAACCCUUCCAUGAGUAAACCAAACAUUUCUCCUUCUCAUUCUAGACCCUCGGGCGGUUCUGACAAGCUGGCCUCUCCGAUGAAACCCGUUCCAGGUACUCCCCCGUCGUCUAAAGCAAAGUCCCCUAUUAGUUCCGGUUCUGGAGGCUCUCACAUGUCUGGGGCAGGAUCCAGCUCAAGCAUGAAGUCCUCUUCAGGGAUGGGAUCCUCCGGUUCCAUGUCUCAGAAGCCACCUCCUUCUUCAAAUUCUUCAGCGGGAUCUUCAUCUUCCUUUUCAUCUGGCAGUUCUUCCAUGCCUUCAUCUCAAAAUCAGCACGGGAGUUCCAAAGGCAAGUCCCCAAGCCGGAACAAAAAGCCAUCUUUGACUGCUGUCAUUGACAAACUCAAGCAUGGUGUCGUCACCAGUGGUCCUGGCGGGGAAGACUCUAUGGACGGACAGAUGGUGCAGAGUUCCAGUUCCUCAAGUCACUCCAUGUCCUCCAAACAUAACUUGUCAGGAGGUGAAUUACAGGGGAAACGGGAAAGAAUUGAUAAGGAGAAAUCCAAAGUUUCUGUUUCCGGGAGUUCCUCUGACUCUUCCAAGAAGGCAUCUGAUUCAAAGAAUGUUGGAAGUACUGGAGUGGCCAAGAUAAUCAUCAGCAAACAUGAUGGUGGCUCUCCUAGCAUUAAAGCCAAAGUUACCUUGCAAAAACCUGGGGAAGGAGGUGGGGAUGGCUUAAGGCCUCAGAUGACAUCUUCCAAAAGCUAUGGAUCGCCACAUAUAAGUGGGUCAACUCCAAAGCAUGAGCGUUGUUCUCCCAGCCACAGUAAGUCUCCUGCAUAUACCCCCCAAAAUAUUGACAGCGAGAGUGAAUCAGGAUCAUCUAUCGCAGAGAAAUCCUAUCAGAACAGCCCCAGCUCCGAUGAUGGAAUUAGGCCUCUUCCAGAAUAUAGCUCAGAAAAGCAUAAGAAACACAAAAAGGAAAAGAAGAAAGUGAAAGAUAAAGACCGGGACAGGGAUCGUGACAAAGAGAGGGACAAAAAGAAAACGCACAGCAUUAAACCAGAAAGCUGGUCCAAAUCUCCCAUCUCCUCAGAACAGUCUCUGUCUAUGACAAGCGGUGCCAUUCUUACAUCAGAUAGGCCAUCCAGGCCCAGCCCUGAUUUUUUGAUUGGGGAGGAUGAUGAUCUCAUGGAUGUUGCUCUGAUAAGAAAUUGAGAACAUUUGCAGGGGUGGGGGAUGUUUCAUUUUUAAUGUUUUUAAGUUGAGAGUGUUCACCACACUCAAAUGGGUUCGAGUAAAAACAAAUCUUUUGAUUUGGAUAGCUCUUGUUAGAGCUAAGUAAGCAAUUUAUUUUUAAGCCCUCAUAUGUGCUUCCAUCUAAUCUGAGUUUCUACUACAAAGAAUUGAUGCACCAAACUAUUAGGUUUGCCACUUGCCCCCAGAGUCACAUGCCUGUGGACUUAUAAGAUAGAACUGAAACUCAUAUGCUAAAUAUUUUACCUGUUUUAGUAGAAUCAGAUUUUUCUCACACACCAUGGAUUUUAGGAACAUUUCUAUUUUGGUGCGUGUUUUUUAACAUUAGUGUCAUUUAUAAUUUAAGUUUGGCUGGGUUCUAUGCAUAGGAAGAGUAUUUCCAUUAAAAAUAUCACAGGUGGAAUUAAUUCAUUGCCUGCUAACUUCCCACUUCCUUAAGGUGCUCUUUACUAUUUCCCGUUAAAAUUAAAAUCUGAGAAACAGUGUGUUCAACAGGUAACACCAUGUUUUGGUCCUCAUCCAGAUGGUGAAGUAUUUUGACAUAGAUGUGUUAUGCCUUUACAGUCAUUUGACUUAAUAUUUCUGUUAUAAUAUAGGUUUAUUUUAAUAUACUCACAAAAGCUCUGUUGGCUUUCAUGGAUGUCUUCUGUGUGUUGUAAGUGGGUAGUAAAUAACUUCAACUUAAUGAGAACAGAAAAGUAAAGUUUUGAUCAGAGUCCCUGGGGUGUAACAUUUUUGACUGCUCAGCCCCUGUAAUUUGGAUUUACAUAUAAACCAACCUGGGAGAGAAUACAGUUAAAAUUAGUUGGGAGUUAUGCUUUUUUGCUUCAGUGGAUCUAGCUUAUUGGCAUUAUGGGUGUGGAAUCCGUUCCCUUUCUGAUAGGAGAGCCAUUGCAGCAUGUCUCUGUUCCACACAACUCCAAAAAUUAAGAGCCUUGAAUUCAAAUGGGAGGAGUCCACAGUGCAGCUGCUUCUUUGGACAGUGUUGCCUUGGCUUCCAGGAGGGAUGGCUGCAUCAUUAACUUUUCCUACAUGACUUCAAUGUUUCAUUACUAGAACAGCAUGGUAAGCAGCUACAUUAGAAAUGAGGAGACUUUAGUUGUCAAAGUAUGUGUUUCUAUAAUGUACACUCCAGUUCCCAUCUUGUUACAAAUUGAGGGAAACAUUCCAGAACUUUUUCUUAAGUGCAAUCUGUAUCCAGUGCUCUCAUAGUGAAUUAAGGUGGACCUCUGUCUGACAGCUGAUGCCUCAUUCUCUUAAGUAUCUUCAUAUGAAACUUUGCCCAGUAUUCCAGAGAGUAGGGCAGCCCCAUAUCACACAGAGCUCCAUGUGUGUAUUAGAAUGUCUGGAUUGAGCAUUGACAGUAUACAAUCACCCACAGGCACAACAGAGGCUCCAGGACUGUGUCAUGCAUCCCAAACUGUUUGCACCCUUGUAGGGUAUUACAUGUGGUAGAUUCUCUCUACUUGUAAAGCUAAAGAUACUUGGACACAAAGGGCAAAAUCCAACGCUGCCCUUGUGCACAUGGCCAGCCCAGUCAUUCCUAGUCUGCGGCCAGGCCCUACCACUUGCAGAUUGAGAAUUUAGUGUUUCUUGAGGCAAGCCCCAGAACGAGCGGAAAUGCUCAUUUCUAGAAGAGGGCGGGUCAGUGGAGCUUGCUAAGGGAGUUCCACUGACCUGCCCCCUUCCAGAAAUGAACAUUUCUACUCAUUUUGGGGCUUGCCUCCAGAAGCAUUACAUUUUCGUUCUGCAAGUGGCAGGGGCUGCUUGCAGACUGGAAGUGAUGAGGCUGGCUGUGUGUGAACCUGAAUCUGGGACCAGUUCCGCUAACACUUGGGCAGUAUUGGAUUCCGCCCAAAGACAGAAAACUGUACAGGUUUUCCUGGAUUCGUAUUCCUGCUUCCAGUGUUUCUAAAACACUGAAAAUAAUAAAUUCAGAGAAGUGACAUGAUUCUCUUACUGCAGGAGACUGUGGAAUGUGCACAAGGCCUAUAAAACACCAAGACAUUUUUAAUUGUGACAUCCAUUAUAGUGGAACCACAUCAUAUAAUAUAAUACUAUAUCUGCUCAGGCCGCUGCAAGUUAUCUGUUUAAUUACCAUAGUAUUUAUUUAGGGAAGUUGGGUUUUGAACAACAGAGUGCAAUUCUCAAAUUGGGAGGCUGUUCAACGCUUUGGAAAACCUUGAUAUAUCCCAGCAGCAGCAGCAUCUCAAUGGUGUUUUCAUAAUGGGGCAACUUUUAUCUCAUGCAUGGUGGAAUUGUUGAAAGUAUUUGCCGGAUUGUGCGUAGCAAUGGAAUACAGUUGGUCCUCUUGAGUACUGAUACUGUCUAAUUUAUACUCUAAAAUAUUAAAAGAGGUAUUGGCUCUUGAGCCAUAAUUCUACUAAAUCUUUUAGAGUGACUACUAGUUUGGGCCCCAAAGUCAAACAUCAUCCAAAAUUAUUUCUGUUAUACUUUUCAAUGGACAAGUAGCAGUCUUGAUUAGCAGUCUUUUGAGUUAUGCAAAAAAGCUUCAGGCUAAGAACAAGACUUGAUCCAGUGCAUCUCAUGUGCAGCACCCACUCAUGAAGGGGUUCCUUAUAGGGCACUCUGGCAGACCAUUAUGGGGAAUGAGAUGGUGGGCGCAGAUCUUCCAUUUCUCAUAUGUAAGUGCCCAGACAUGUGUGCUGGGUGGGGGAGAUGGGGGGAGGGGGAUUCAUUGUGUCCAGCGGGAUAACUGCACAGUUUGGAUUGAGCCAAAUGAGUUUGAUGCAAGUCUAAAGCCUGCUGUCAUACCAAUAAAUGAAUAAUUCUGUAACCUCUUACUAUCAUUCAAAAAGAAUGUUGUGAAGUUUUAUAGCUUGUUUUUAAUAAAUGAUACCCCUUUCCCCCUCAGCAGUGAUGUCCCCCCAUCACCUCAGGAAUGAAGAAAGGUAGACCUUCAAAUAAGUUUCACUAAAUACAAUAGGGUACAUAUGUCAGUAUCGCACAAUCACAUUCUGUGUUAAAAGAUCUUGUGUAUUUCUAAAAGUGCAUUUAAUUGUUCAAAAUAUUUUACAUCUUUCAGUAUUGUAAAGACAAACAAUAAAAUAUGGUAAACACCCAAAUCUUUUAAUGUCAUUUGGAGCUGCUUACAAAUUAAAGGGUUGGCUUUUUCCUUUUAAUGUAAAUAGCAUGUCCUUUACUCUUAUUCUGUGAACAAUUGUGUAAAUGCUGGUUCUGAUGACUUGUGGGGUGAGCAGAGGAAUACAAUGUGUUCUUAGUUUUUUUGAAAGUAUUUCAAACCACAUGUUGAUUUUAAAUGCCAAUAAAUCUGUUUGGUAGAAA